AUGUGUUGUAGUAGACAGACAACUGAAAAUGUACAACCCUACUACUACUCUACUACUACUACUACUACUACUACUACUACUACUACUCCGACUACUACUACUACUACUACUACUACUACUACUACUACUACUACUACUACUAAUACUAAUACUACUACUACUACUACUACUACUACUACUACUACUACUACUACUACUACUACUACUACUACUACUACUACUACUACUACUACUACUACUACUACUACUCUACUACUACUACUACUACUACUACUACUACUACUACUCCGACUACUACUACUACUACUACUACUAAUACUAAUACUACUACUACUACUACUACUACUACUACUACUACUACUACUACUCUACUACUACUACUACUACUACUACUACUGCUACUACUCCGACUACUACUACUACUACUACUACUAA